AACGGAAUAGCUCCCCGAGCACCUUUUAAUCACGACUCAGCCAAACAGGUACCUACCUAGCUUUUGAAUAUUAGUCUUCAUUUGUCAUAUAUAACGUACAUCCAUGCACACCCUCUGGGUCUGCGCCAGCUUGAUAGAUGAUUUAUCCGCGUCUCUCCUUAUUUGCUCGUCGCUGCACUGCUCUGCCGGCAUCAAUUUCGCCAUCCGCGGCCCUCUUCGUUCCGUUUGAACCCCGCAGCAGUCAACCACAUCAUCACAACCACCACCGUUACUAUUCAGACCCCCGUAGUAAAACUGCCAAUAUGUCUUCGGCCGCAGAAGCAACGGCUCGCAAUGAGGCUGCUCUCGGCCGUAACCCCCACGGCGACUUCAAGUCCGUCGAGGCUUCGCGCCCGCCAUUCGACGGCAACAACGGCUUCCGAUACACCCAGACACCCGCGCCAGAAUGGAAGUACGGAUCCGGUGCAAACACCCCGGCACCUGCGUCGGCGAAGCACAUCACCAUUGACCCGUACGCACCGGACCGCCCCGCCCGUCUGAACUACAAGCUGCUCAUCGGCGCCGUAGUCCCGCGGCCGAUUGCCUUCGUGUCGACGGUGGGCGCCGAUGGGUCGCAUAACCUAGCGCCCUUUAGCUAUUUCAACAUGAUCAACCACGACCCGCCGCUGUUUGUCAUUGGCUUCGCGUCGGCGGCGUCGGGCGAGACGGCCAAGGACACGGUUCGUCACUUGUCCGAAACGGGCGAGUGCGUCAUCAACAUCAUUAGCGAGAGUUUCGUUGAGGCCGCCAAUGCCACGAGCGUCAACGCCCCGCACGGCGUCUCCGAGUGGGAUAUUAGCGGUUUGACGCCGGUGCGUGACUGCGAGACCGUCAAGCCGCCGAGGGUGGGCGAGGCCAUCUUCAGCGUCGAGGGCAAGGUCGAGAGCCUGCGCGAGUUUCAGAGCAAAAGCACGCCGGGGAAGACUUCUGGCACCAUGGCAGUCAUUGAAGGGACGAGAUUCUGGGUCAGGGAGGAUGCCAUCAAUGCUGAGAGGGACUUGAUUGACCCCAAGGUAUUGCGUCCAAUUAGCCGUCUAGGUGGUAUCACUUAUGGCCGUACCACAGAAGCCUUCGAGUUGACAAGACCAGACUUUGAGAAGGACGUGGGUGGACAAGCGGCUUACGAAAAACUCAAAUCCGACGCCGCAACCAAGUGAGAUAGAUGCAGGAGCAAACCCAAUAAAGGAACUGCCCCCGGUAGAACAUCGGAUAUUGAAAUUCAGAUCUUUUUGAGGAAUAAACAUAAAAGAUCUUGCAAAGAGUUACCAUUGGAUCAAAGCCCCAAGCCCCUCUCCAGAGCCAAUAGCCGAAACGCGUGUAUAUAUCCCAGACACAAAAUCGUAUCUCUAACUACCCAACCAUUUAGUUAUGCUUCGGCUCACCCAAAGCAGCCAGCAAAUUGCUGCCGGGUAGACCACGUUUCCUAAAAAAGUUACCAACCCCCCGCAAUACAUAUUCUAGAGUCAUUGAACAAGGCAACCAGACAUAGAGAGAACAUACAACAACACGCAGAUCCAGCCCAGGAUUGGAGAGAUUACAGGAUUGCAGAAGCCGCCCGACGCCUCAUUAGUGAACCAAGAAUGUGCGAACCCCAACAAAGACAUGGUUCCGCAGGGGACUGUCAUAGGGUCGCAUCACAAGUACAAUGCCUCGCCAGCUCGGGAUAGUAUAAAUUCGCAUCCGGUUGGUGCCUCAGCCUCGUGUUCUGCGAGCUCCUGCAUAAUAAUGUCCCCUGCGGGAGUAUCAUCGUCCAUGCGGUCCUUGACAUGGAUGAGAACCACCUUCAGGCCUUUUAGAGGCAGCGAUGGUGUCUCUGCUGUAGAAGGUUUCCUACUUGUGCUGGCGUUCUCCGAGCCAGCUUCGAUCUCUCUCAGUGACAACUCAGCAGUCGGCGUGGCUAUACGCGGCGAGUCAAUCGGGUCCCGGUACGCGCUCUGUUGUUGACCCCGUUGUAUUGCCGCCUGAGACAAGUCGUCAGCUGAAGGAGCCCUAGGAGGCCUGACCGUCCUCGGCGAUACCGGGUCUUCCAGUAAGCCCAUGCUUGAGUUGUUUGCCGUUACGCGCCGUCGAAGGCCGCCUGGAGUAGCCACGCCGCUAUUGGGAAGGAUGCUGUCUUCGCCAUCUCGCUUCCUCUUUCUACCAUCUCUUGCCAUGUUCGCACGCACGUGUGCAACCUCGGCCGCCAGAAUAGCCAAUUCCUCCCUGAUGUACUUUGGCGUCAUGUGUCCGUACAACCUAUCGGAUUCCUGACUGUCAUCAUAGCUGCACUCUAUAAAUAUGGCCGACAGUCUGCCUGUGGCAAUCUUGGGAGCCGCUUCGGCCCAGACUAUGGCGUUACGUGGUGUGAAGCUAACGCUGUCGGGCUCGACGUCACCAAAUAUGAGCACCUCCCGGCCUGUCGCCAGGUCGCGGAGAAAGUACGCGCUGCUGUCAUAGACACAGGGUGUGUCCAUCAGUUGCUGAU